AUGUCUUCUCCCACCAAAACGUUCACAGGCUGGGUAGCCCACGAUGCAACCAACCCCCUAAAAUACACAACCUUCACCCCAAAGCCCUUCACGGAUACCGACAUCGAAAUCCGUGUUACGCACUGCGGAAUCUGCGGCACAGAUAUCCACACUCUCCGCUCAGGCUGGGCCCCAACCGACUACCCCUGCGUAGUCGGGCACGAGAUCAUCGGAAUAGUCGAGCGAAUCGGCAAAUCCGUCCCAACACUCGAAUCAUCCUCGGCCUCGCGCAAGAUCCAGAUCGGUGAUCGGGUCGGUAUCGGCGCACAGAGCGGAUCCUGUCUCCGAUCCGACUGCGAGGCUUGCGCUGAUGGGGAAGAGUCAUAUUGUACCCGGAUGACGGGGACGUAUAAUGGUCGGUAUGCUGAUAAGAGUAAAUCUUAUGGUGGAUUUGCGGAGAAAUGGCGCGGACCGGCACAUUUCGUUUUUAAGAUUCCUGAUGGACUUCCUUCUGCUGAGGCGGCGCCGUUACUUUGUGCCGGGGUUACUGUUUAUGCGCCGUUGAAGAAAUAUGGCGCUGGUCCUGGGAAGACGGUGGGGAUUGUUGGGAUUGGAGGUUUGGGGCACUUGGGGGUUCUGUUUGCGAAGGCGUUGGGUGCGGAUCGGGUUGUUGCGAUUUCGCGAUCUUCUAGUAAGAAGGUUGAUGCGAUGCAGGGGCUGGGUGCUGAUGCCUUUAUUGCGACUGGGGAGGACAAGGGGUGGGCGAAGACGUAUUCGCGAUCGUUGGAUAUCAUCCUUUCGACGGUUUCUGGUGGUGAUAUGCCAUUUUCGCAGUAUUUGCGUCUUCUCAAGCGAGAUGGAACUUUUAUUCAAGUUGGAGCACCGGAGGAGCCGUUGCCUCAGCUGGCGGCGUUUUCAUUGAUUCAGAAGGGAGUUAAGGUGACUGGAUCGAAUAUUGGGUCUCCCGAGGAUAUUCGGCAGAUGUUGCAACUUGCUGCGGAGAAGAGGGUUUUGCCAUGGAUUCAGAAGAGGUCUAUGGAUGAUGUGAAUGAUGUGCUAGUGGAUAUGCAUGAUGGGAAGGCAAGAUAUCGGUAUGUCUUGCAGAAUGGAGAGCAGGCAAAGUUGUAG